AUGCCGGGUCCAAGAGGAGACAGAGGGCGCGAAGGACCCCCUGGGAAGAGUGGACCCCAAGGAAUUAAGAGAAUGAAAGGUCAACAGGGACUUCUGGGAAUGAAAGGAGAGCGAGGCAUUGCGGGAAUGACAGGAGAGCGAGGAGCUGUGGGAAUAAAAGGAGAGCGAGGCAUUGUGGGAAUGAAAGGAGAGCGCGGAGCUGUAAGAAUGAAAGGAGAGCCAGGCAUUGUGGGAAUGAAAGGAGAACGCGGAGCUGUGGGAAUGAAGGGACAGCGAGGCAUUGCGGGAAUGAAAGGAAGAAAAGGAGAUAAAGGAGAGAAAGGAGAAAGCGCCAAAGCAAGUCAAAAUAAUUGUAGUGAGCUGGCUUUCGAAUUCGGUUUCAAUGUCAAGUUUGGGCCAACAUGUUUGCCGCUUUUCUCCAGCCAUCGCCCACUUGUCGAGCUUCUGAUGCUUCGGAAACCUACAUAAUCAUCCUGUUUCCUUCAAGAUAUACGCGUCCCUUUUGAUUGCAAACAGCAAAUAGCUACUAAACAUUAAAAGCAGAAGACAUCCCACGUAAUUGUAUUUAAAAAGAAGUCUGUACAAAGUUAUUUUAGGUGGAAUCCGUGCUAAACACUCUGCAAGUUCACUGAAAGUCUUCAUUUGCAAUUUUUGUUUACCCUCCAACGCCUCGCUUUCAUGAAUAUGCACCAGUUUUUUUCCCGCGUGUCCUCCAUUUGUGAAUACGGUGUAAAAUUGUAGUGAUAGCUGCAUGCAAACGACCUUUCACAACUAACGAGAAGGCUUAAGAAUCACCGAAUUUCGUUGAAAUUAAUUUUCCUCUUGCAUUAGAAGACGUUUGAUGUCGCUAUACCGUUUACAGAAAGGAAAAAAUAAAAUUCAUAAGCUUAAAUUCACCAAAUCAGUAACUUUACCAUAAAAGCAAGUCAAAAAGUUGGUAUACCAUUGAGACUGCGAAGUUUGAUAUCAUGCAUAUUUUGAUUGUAUUACAUUCUUUCUUAUUUGUAAAUAAUUUUGUGAAAACUAAUUACAUUGACACAUUAAUGAAGCUGUUACUUACUUACCUACUUACGCCAUUUUAUUUUAUUUCGUAGUGAACUGGUGCACAACUAUCUUCCCAAGAGGCGGUAAAUAAUGGUGGAGACGCAAUGAGUGUCGCUCGAGUCUUUUUAGCGCCUUACACCGUCCCUGAGGAGGGGUAGAUGUUUAGCCAUUUUCGCACGCUUUGAUUGGCUUCCGUAACUCGGAACAGUCCUUAACUAUGCACCGGCUGUUUUAGGACGGGCGUCAAGAUUGCGUGUCCUUUAGCGACAACUAACAGAUACUAAGAAACAAACGAAAGUUGUUUGUUUUGUUUCGUGGUAAUUAGACUUGAUAUUUCAGCAACCUGACCCUACCCUGUUUAAGACAAAGAAACAUUAUUUUAUGACCCUAACUCAUUUCGUUUUGCAAACAGAAUUAGGCAUUUUUGAAACGAAUACCAGGUAAUACUACAAAAGGAUUAUUCACAGCACAAAUGUAGGCCCAACUUUCACACUCUUUAAAAGGCAUCCCGUCCAAAAAUCACCUCGUUAAAGAGGCUAAAUGGUGAAUUAGUUGACCUUGUUUGAGACUCACUAUAGUGAAACCUUAAAACCAACUUCAUGUUGUUCAGUGGCACGUAACCUUUUAGGCUAAAGAAGUAAGGGAAUCCCCCGGGUCUUCAAUUAAAAUUGAAUUGGCCAUUUUGCGAAAGGGAUGAUACUUCGUUAUUUAUAAAAAACGGGCGUAGUUUUGUAUGCUUCUUGUUCUAGCCUGUAAAACAGGUGUUAUUUACUUACUUUUGUUUGUUUCUGAUUUUUGCUUUUGCUUGCGGGAAAAGGUAGGCACGAGGCGAUCAUCAUAGAACGCUUGAUUUUGCAGCAAAAAUGAGAUCUGCUGACAAAAAGAUUUGAAGACAAAAAAGCUUUUUGAUUCUGAUUAUAAACAAACAUUCCCUAGUUUGCCGACAUGUUUACUUAAUAAUAUUAUAUGGCAUUUUUUUUCUGCCCUAAGCUUUCGUUAUAAUCUUUCUCGUCUGGUGCCUUUAAAUCAAGAGUAGAUUUGCUUUUUUAGCAGGUAAUUGUUCUUGGAGAUACUACCAUCUGAAGUGACUUAAUAAAUUGUUAAUUCUUGGGCGCUGCUAAGCAAAGUACGACUUGCCAAAGCCGAGGGCUGAAGAAGGGAAUUGACCUGUGAGAAACCCCAACAAAUUACGAUAUCUUACCGUGAUAAUAAGGUUCAAUAACUUUUUUUAUCAUUUUAUAUGCAGUCGAAGCUCUGCUCGCUACCUCUUCCGUAAGCUAGAGGCGACCAGUUUACAGCCAGUUUAUACAGUCACUACGGAACCUCGAUAAUUGACUCGGAUAACUAGAAUUCUUCGCUAACUCGAACUAAAUUUCCCUUCCCUUAAUCAAAACUUCACUGAAAUUUACCCAGAUAACUCAAAUGUCUCGCUAAUUCGAACCACGUUUCGUUUCCCUUCAGAGUUCGAGUUACCUGGGUUUUACUGUAUUACCAACCAGUGCCCCCCCACCUCCGCCCCCCCGCUUAACAUGCAAAAAAAUGCAUAGCUGAAUAUUCUCUACGCAUUUUACGGGUAAAGUCAGUGGAGAUCAGAUGUAAAUGAAUUAUGGGGUUCACUGAAUAUACUGCAUGACAAGUAUUUGAAAGUGAAGAAAAUUUAAAAACCACGGGAUAUAAAGACGACGAGCGUGAACGGGAAAUUCAGGCGCCUUGACGUGGGUUUAGGAGAUCAAGUGAGAAGGAGAAGUGGCGAUACAACGUUCUGCAUGAUGUUAUUAAGCAAAGCUGGGAAAGCAUGGUAAAAAGGCUUCAACAUUUUAAUAGUGUGCUUGAGCAACGACGUUUUGAGCCGGACGCACGUGAACCGAAAGUGCACUUUGGAUCCUUGGGCAGUAUUCUGCCGAGCAGUAUGAUAGCAUCAAGCCAAAUUUCGCGGGAAAAGCGUUCUAUUAGACUAAAGGCACUUAGUUGCACAAGUAAGAAUUUGGGUUUCAUGGCAUAUUAAGAAAGAACAAGGUCUCACUGCUUAUUGACGUGCGUUGAAUGCCUUUGCUUGAGCUCCCUAUUAAAAGAAGAAACGAAGGCACAAUGUUGAGCCAAAAUUAAACAGAAAAAAAAAAAAUGUACGUCCAGCACCAUGUCACUAAUCGCAAUGUUAAUGCCAAUAGUUGGAAAGAAUGUAAGAAACUUUGCCUUGGCUGUAAACGAAUGCUAAAGCAGGAACAGUAAAGAACGUCUAUUCGCGUGGGCCGUUUUUAAAAUAACGAGUAAAACAUACAAAAUAAUAGUAAGUUUUGUUUUAAGCUCACCACCGACCACAACUAACCAACAAUGGUUUCCGCAACCACAAUAACAAUUUGCAUUUUUACUUUUUAUCUAAAACAAAGGACGUUAUCAAUCACCUUUAAUGUUUUGUUUUUAUGAAUUUUAAUAACAAACUCGCACAAAAAAACAUAAACACUGCACUAUGAAUCAAUUUUGGUUUGGCGAUAACCAAUGGGUUUUGCGAUGUUAGCUCGUUGUUUAAUUUCCUCGUUUACAUGUCGUUUUCUCUUCUCUAGCUCAGAAUCAGUGGUUAAAUCAAACGUUACAAUCUUUGUGUACACCAGAAGGAAACAAAAACAACUAUCAGUACAGUUUUGGUCGUUCUGUGUACGCGCUAACGGUCUAGUAAACUAUAAAUGAACCGGUCCGCUAAAACAGUCGUUGAUUUUUCUUUCUUAUAUUAUGAUUUGAUGUUCACAGUCUAUCGGUUCAUCCGAUUAGUUUCUUAAAAGAAUUAACGCAGUUUACUUGCCUCACCAAAACAAGGAAGAAUUAGAUAUUAUCGUUAAUGAUAUAUGUCGCAAAGUUAAGAGAACUGAUAUAAACGUCGCUGUUUAAUGAAUCUGCGAAUGUCUGCAUCGACGAUGAGAAUGCCGUUUCUUUCUAAGAACUUCAAUUUUCUUAAAAAAGUUUCAACUAAACUAGAAGGCCAGCAAAAGUUUUUUUAAAGGUACUUCCCUUUGCCAUUUCAAGUCACAACAACGAACAAUAAAGAUAUUAGAAUCGGUAUUGUCCAAUCAGUUUAUCAGUUCUAGUGACGUCAGUAUUUAGUAUUUUCUGAUUAGCUGACGUCUCCUCUAUUGUUCUGUUCCCUAUAUAUUUGCGAUACCACCCGGAUGGUUUGGGUGGAUCAGUAAAACCAGCGCACCACAAACUUCUCUUGCCAACACCUAAGAUAGCAAAAUACAAUCUUAUGCUAAUUCUCAAGCACCAACUAACAUAGUUAUAGAAAUCCAAAGAGGCGCUUUCAAGUCAGUUUACAUCUUUGUGCACAUCCGCUACAUGGCUUGCAUCUGAUUAACAGUGGGGUCUCAGUCAAGGAAUUUGAAUAGGCACAUUGCACAUGAAAAUUAAAGCACCGUCUCCAUUGCUUUAACAGAAUAUUAUAUUUUCAAUAAAUGGAGACCAUGUAGGUCACUGAAGUGGAACAGAAAAGGGACAAUGGUAAAGAAAUAUUUUGAUUAAGAGACUGGUGUCUUAUAAUUCAUACAUGUGAAGACAAGAACGAAGAAUGAAAACAUACAUUUCUACUCAUGAGAUCACACUGAAAAGAUUAUCAUCGAGAAUUGAUAUUCUCUCGGUCUUGAUUAGCUUUAGACUCCAAUUGUACUCGAUCCAAAUAAAAAUAACUUAAGCCCCACACUUAAAAAUCAUAAUGAGUCUGUGGGUUUCAAAUGAUUCAAUCAGUGAUCUAAUAUAAUAACAUCCUCAGUAGAGACUGUCUACAGUUGUCAUAGUGUUACAUCAAACGUAGUAAUUUCAACUUCAUCUUCAUUAAACUUCAUCUAGAAAAAAACUGUCAAACUAAGGUUUUUAAACUUCGUUUAGUUAAACUCAUUACAAAAAGUUUCAAAUGGUUCGUUCAGCGAUCUUUAGAAAGCUAAGUAGACUAUCUACAGUUGUCAUUUUACAUGGAGCCAAGCAAACCAGUUUAUCUUAAACUCCAAACGUCAUGUUAUAAGUUAGCCAUCGAGGCAACUUUAACUAAUUUAUACUUUCACAAAACUCGAAUUUAUUUUUUUUUUCGUUACGGUUAACGGAUCUGUUAAAAAUUAACCCUCGGACGUACGAGCAAAUUCAUACCCCCACCGUCGUACGGGGAGGGUGUACUUCCGAGGGUUAAUUACCAUUUUUUUUAUAUUAAUUUCAUUGUAAGAUUACAUUUUAAGUCUCGGGAACAAUCUGGUCUGUAUCUCUGUCCCUACACUGCGGCUGCCGUAAAUUGACGUAUACAAAACAAAUAAAACAAGAAAGUAUGUUUACUCGUAUUUGUGAAGCGUAAUAAAUGUGCCCGUGGAAACAUUUGAAGUAACAUCCAUGCUGUAUGAAUAACAGUCCUUCAGUUUCCCUUAAUGUCGUGGCUUACCGUUUUGCGACUGCCUAAUUAAAAACAUUAAACCGUAUCCACGCUUUGACUUGUCUUCCAGACCUCCUUCGGCGAGUUUUUCACAGGUUUACCAUUGACCAGUUCUUCUGAGUCAUAAUCAGUGGAAUCAACCUCAAUACAAUCGGAAUCGCUUUCGUACUUCACCAGCUGGUUGAAAUCGGCCUCGGACGCGAGCAUAACUUGCGGAACAAUGGUAUCGCUCACGAAACUUAUUGCGCACUUUUUGUCAGCGACAGAGGAAUUUUUUUAUGUAAGAAGGCAGUGGGCGUUAUGUUGACUUGGUCGGCUGGAAAAAGCACCCUUGUAACAGCAAAAGAAACUGGAUAAGGUCUAAAAAUGGUAAGAGCCGUCAAAACGUCUGUGCUGCGACACCGUUCGACUGACACUUCCAACACUUCCAGUUUACUGAAAAAGGAGAGUGUCGGCUUUUCUCGCUCUACAAGAUCCCAAAAAGACUCGUAAAAUCAUCAAAUUCAAGAUACAUUGAGUCUUCAGACGAGACCUUGAACAUUUAUUUUUAUGACCAUAAUUAUUACGGUUAACGGUUAUUUUAUUUUAUUUUUUUUUUAGUUUUCACGCCUAUUGUCUAGAUUAAUGGCCGUUUUACGGCCAACGGUUAACCCCACUGAGACCCUAGUAGAGGUCAUGUGAUAAUAUAGAAAACCGCUUCUUUCAAAUUUCGUCUUAUUGACGUGCAUGUGUAUGCAUAACUUAUGAAAAGGCUCGAAUAAGACAUAGGGUAGCCUGCGUGGCAAACAUUUCCGUUUGGUUUCAGAGCAAAGAACGACUGAGAAACGGGAUUUUUGGUUUUGGCCGCGAGAGAAAUGAAACGAGAGGCCACUUUUCGCGUUGUCUUUGACUCUCGUUCCUCGUUCUUUGCUCCGAAUAUCGAACCGAAACGUUUGCUACGCAGGGUAGACAAAAGGUCAAGUUAACCUGGGACCUCUAUUGGAAAAACAAAACAUACAAGCUAAGGAUGUCUGUUAACGAUCUUAACUGCUAGGAGGGAGGAGAGAUGACUGUAUUCGCAGGCGUUAGAUUUCAAUUGAUAAUUCUUCAGCAAACAAAAACUGUACCUUAUUAUUCUUAUGGAUAAACCUGACUUUAAACUUGCCGACCGGAUUGUUCUCCACAAUCAAAAAUUUUUCUGCAUUCUGGAAUCCGGAUUCCAUUACAUGAGGAGAGAAAAUUCAUGAUGUGGGACUUACAGGGUUUUGAAGAACCAAGAGUUCUUGACUCGCUUCAACGCUGUGGUAGUUUUAUCGUCUAAGAUGACGGGAUAGUACUAUUGCCGAAAAAAAUUCAUGGAUCGCGCUACAAAAUACGCCUGCUUUGUGGUUGUGAUUAGCAAGUGGAAAGCAUGUCAGACCGUACUGGAUGGGUUUAGGUUUUAUAAAAAGAGAAACUAAAAGUCAUGUAGUCGUCGUUGGCUGUUCGUAUUGCACGAGUUAGUUGAGUAGAAAAUAGUAACAAAAAGUAUAAACAGGUCGUAAUCCAUAUUAAGGCUGGUUUACACUUAGCAAGAGCCAUCGUAGGUCCGAUUUCCAAAGAAAAUAUAAGGUGAUGCAACAGAUUAUUCUAAUCCAUCCGGUCUUAGGCCAAUUAUUAUCUUUCUGUUUUUCUUUCGAAAAAUAAUAGCGUGAAAAGCGGCUUAAAACCCUGCGUUACAAUUAAGAACAAGUUUUCUUUAACGAAGAAAACUUUCUCCACCGUUGCUACUUAAGCUCCAUUAUGUUACUUGCUGUUUGACUCUCAAUUUUGUUAUCGCUCAGUGAGGAGACUGCUUCUAACAUAAAUAACUCGCUACUGUUUUGCAGCAAGUAUACGUUGCAAAAAGUAGGGUCACGUUUUCCAUUAUGUAACGUCUGCUACAGCAAAAAUAAGUACGAAGAUUGGGAGGCUUCGUACCAAGGAUUAACCCCAUAACCCUGAACAUCGCCAUUUUUGACAGAAAAGCCGGGGAAACCUUUUGUAAUAUCUCGUCUAUUGGCCUGAACCAAUGACAGUAAAACACCGUAAACGCCACAUAAGCCUUCCUCUUCAGUUAUGGGCCCAUAUCAUGGGUGUAAACGAAAAAAAUACAUCCAAUUAUUAACCCCACAAGGUAUAAUAAGCUCUCCUCCUGCUUGAACUGAAUUGAAUUCGAUUUAUAAUGACGUUUUGAAGCCUUAAUUAACGACCAGUAAAUACAAAAAUAUCGACCUAUUUGAUAAGCACUGCGACAGCUUAUUUCCAAGCGCUUUUUCUAUGCCAUCAACAAGCCCCCUCGGACAUUAAAGCCCUUUCGUUUAUACGCUUUCCUAAAACCCCUUAAGAAGAUGUAUAGCCAACACUUUAUGGUAAUAGCUUAAUACUGAAGACGAUCUGUUAAGAAUGAGCAACAUUUAACAAGAGUGGAAAUAACUCGAUGUCUGUGGGUUCAUAGCCGUAUAUAUAUAUAUAUUUUAUUAUUAUUAUUAUUUUUUUGUGCGAAUAAUCAUCUCAAUAACGUCACAGUAGUAGAGGAAGGAGAUGUUUUUGUACCUCUCUCACAUAUCUAGCACUAACGGAAAGUCUUCUUGUCGUUUUCAUGUAGCGUUUAAAUUUAUUUAAUGAAUUUUAAUUUCAGGGGCUUAAAAUUGCCAAAUAUGAAAGUGAUACGUCUUAAGCGUGCAAAGAUAUAGUCGGCAAAGUUGUGAACAUCUACAGACCUUUGUGCGUGGUGGGGGAGGGGAAAGCAAGUUUGUGCCCGGCUCCCAUCAUACAAAGUCUGUAAAAUUUCGCGACUUUGGGGAUUUAUAUCUUCAUCGGUUUUCAACAAAUCACUUUCAAAACUUGGCAGUGUUACUCAUUUUAAGGCAUUCUUUCCACUGGUGCCAACUGCCGAUAUAUUUUUCUUAACUUUUCCAUAUCAAAAGUAGACAGAAAGAAAAUAACGUGGAAUAGCCUCUCUUGAACUGUAACUGAGGUACCCUUUGAGGAAGCACCUCCCCGUAUACGUUAAUAUGGGGAGACCCCCUCCCCACCUCAUCCCGCCUUCCAGGUAUAAGAUAUGGGCGUUGGAAAAUAAAAAUACUGUCUAACACUAGACACCUUCAAGCUUGUUUAGCUAGAGCUUAAUGGAGCCGCUACCUUUUUGGACAUAACAUAGCUAACUUGGACUGAAGGCAAAGUGUUAUUUAUGGCGCUCCAAAGAGGAAAGGCAUAGGGUACCGUUAGAAACACAAAGUCGUGAUAGCAUGCAUUAAACUUUGUUGCGUUUGUAACAACUUAUGUUCUGCCAUUUAUUUUUGGAAUGUUCGUUUUUUGAACCUGUUUCAGUGCGCCUGAAGGGGGCAUAAACAGAGAAUAAGAACACGCAAAAAAUACUUGCCAUAAAAGGAAAAAGAAUCAAUCAAAAACAAACAAGCAAUAUACCUGAACAGCUGAGGAUUUACUUCAAAUAUUUGCUAUAAAAUGAUGAGCACUUAGCACUGAUUUCAGAAAACGCUGUGUUCUCGUUCAACUCUCACCGCCAUGGUUCAGUAUUUCGCUGUUUUCCUGAUUCUCUCUUUUUUGGGGGGGUCUCUCUGGGAACAACCACCUCACCUCAGCAACAAAACGCCACUAACCUGAGAUCAGGCUCUAUUUUCGUUUCACUUUGAAAAUUACAUUCCGACGGGCAUGGCGAAAAGAGAGCCUGAUACAAACCUUCUACAAAACGUCUGCCGCCCACUUUUUUGACUGAUUGAGAUUUGCCGAAUCAGCCAACCAAAAUUACUUCCGUUACUUGUUUUUCUAGUCUACAAAUUUUUCACGCGUGCAUGGGAAAAACGCAGACUGGCUGACUUAAAAAAAAAAAGCUUUUAUCUGUUAAUUUUUUCAGCUAAAAAUAAAACAGUCAGCUCAAUCACAUUUAACUUCUUACGAGAUUAAGGGAGAUCUCGAAGGAUUUUUCCUUUGGCGUGGACGGUAAAAAGUUUUCGAAAAGACGGCGACACGAUGUUCUAUUUGGCUAGGCACGCUCGAAUUUAAAGUACUGAAAUAUUUUUCUGUUACCUUAAUAUUUUGCUCGGUAAUUUCCCUCGAUUUUCAGUACAUAAAUCUUUAAAAACGAAAGCAAAGAGCCAACGAGCGAGGACACCGGUUUUCCUGGUUUAUUUUUUACAAAAGCGAAGGCAAACAUCCAGUCUGUUACCUAAAGCCACCAGCUUUUAUAAUAAUGCCUACACUGAAAAUUCCUUGAACGGCGAUACAAUAUUUUUCGUCUAAUACUUUACAGUUGGCGAUUGAGGUUUCUUUCGCAGUGAGCCUCCUCUUGCGUACCCCGUUCAGAGAAGUCAUUCUCGGCUAAACUUUCAAAUGAAACCAGUUUUAAGAUGAAGAGUAUUUUGAUUUGCACUCGUUGAAGCUAUUACAGGGUUUAUUAAAAAAUAGGAAGUAAUCUUGACUGGAGUGGUUAGAAUAAAUCUCUACACACGGUUGCUCACCUCACUACAAUAUGUUUGAUUUGUUUGAUUUUAUUCCAGGACUGUGCGUUUAACAAACUGCAGUCUAAUUCAGCUCUCAGAGUCUCAUUCCAGGGCAACAUGAGGGUCUAUGGAAGUAGUAUUAAGUGUAACCGAUGGUAUUUCAAGUUUAAUGGAAAUGAAUGCAGUGGCCCAAUGGCGAUCGACACCGUUGUUUACAACAACAUGGUCAUCUGGGACCCCUAA